AUGAUUUGGAAAGGAAAUGACAGUAAGACCACUGUGACUGAAUUUAUUCUCAGGGGCUUCUCAGACACACCUGAAAUGAGGCUCAUUAGUGCCAUGUUUUUCCUUUUCAUCUACCUCUUUGCCCUCCUGGGGAACAUCUCCAUCAUCACAGCUGUGACCAAUGACAGCCACCUCCACACUCCCAUGUACUUCUUCCUGAAGAAUCUGUCAUUCUUGGACAUGUGCUACACCUCAGUCACUGUCCCCAAGGCACUGGUCAAUUCACUUAUGGGCUCGGAAGUCAUUUCCUUUUGGGAAUGUGUGGCUCAGCUCUUUUUAUUUGUAAUGAUGUGUGCUUCUGAGUGCUUCUUGCUUACAUCCAUGGCGUAUGACCGCUAUUUAGCCAUCCACAAGCCUCUCCUCUACAGCGUCAUCAUGAGCAGAAAGCUGUGUGCAGAGCUGGUCAUUGUGGCCUGGUGGAGUGGUACUGUCUACGCCAUCUUCCACACAGCCAACACGUUCUCCCUCCCAUUCUGUGGACCCAAUAUCAUUGACCACUUCUUCUGUGACAGCUCUCCCAUCAUGAGACUCUCCUGCAGUGAUUCCCACAUCAAUGAGGAGGUCGGAUUUGCAGUGGGUGGGUGCAUCAUUCUGGGUGCCUUUGCCCUCACCAUAAUCUCCUAUGUUUUCAUCAUCUCCACCAUCACUCAGAUCCACUCUGCUGGUGGCCGUCGGAAGGCCUUCUCCACCUGCUCUUCUCACCUUGCCAUUGUCGUUCUGUUUUAUGUCACUGGGAGUUUUGUUUAUCUGACACCCACUUCCCACUACUCUCCCACUCAAGGACGGUUAGUGUCUGUGUUUUACUCCAUCCUCACACCCAGCCUGAACCCCGUUGUCUACUGUCUGAGAAACACAGACAUGCAGAGGGCCCUGAAAAAGCUAUUUAUUCCAUCCAAGUAG